GUGAAUUAAAAGUUGCUCAGUUUAGUAAAUAAUAAUGGCUACGUCAUCUGUAUCGAAGGGGUGCUUUGUCUUCAAGCCAGCCUCCAAGAAAAGAAAGCGAGUUGUAGGUGCAGAGGAUUAUUUUGUUGAUGGAGGUGAGGACAGUGGCUAUGGCAAAGAACGCUUUAGUAUUUGUAAAAGACUCUGGGAGAAGAUUAAUACGGACACAGAGGUAUUGCAAGAUGAGCUUAAUAAGAAAAUGUUGGAUAGCCUUUUAGAAUUCAUUAAAAAGUAUACCACAAGCUUUGAGUCUAGAGCUGAUGACUGGGCAUCACUAAUGAGAGCCAGUGAAAUACCUACAGCUGCCCUGGUGCUUGGAGUGAAUGUACCGGAUCAUGAUAUGACAUUUCAGAGCCUUACUGACCUCUUGAAGGAAUCUGUUACCCCAUUUGCUGUGUCUUUACAGGCUAAGGAAUGUUCAGCUCUGAAGAACCUGAUGCAGAGAGUAUUAGAAAGGCUGAUGGGGGUUGGGGUGUUAUUAGAGGAAUAUGAGGAAGACCCUGGUAUGUCUUUAGCACAGAAGAGGGUGUCAUGCUCAAUAAAUGCACUUUGUCAGUGGUACAAGACUGUUGUGAAGAAACACAUUGUGAAAUCUCCAGGGAAGAAAAGCAGUUUAUCAGCAAGUCCUCCAAUUGUGUUGAUCUUCAAAGAUUUUGAAGCUUUCAAUCCACGUAUUCUACAGGAUUUUAUUCUGAUCUGCAGUCGCUACAUCCAGGAGCUUCCGCUGAUCUUCGUCUUUGGCAUUGCUACAUCUCCCAGCACAAUUCAGCACAUGCUGCCGCAUUCAGUGUCUUCUCUGCUGUGCAUUGAGCUCUUUCAGUCCCUCUCCUGUACCCAACAUCUUGCAACAGUUAUUGACAAGCUGAUUGUGACCUCAGAGUUUCCCUUUAAGCUCAGUGGCAAAGUGUUACAGGUGCUGGUGAGCAUCUUUCUGUACCAUGACUUCUCUGUGCGCAACUUUGUCAAAGGCCUGCAGUUAGCACUGUUGGAGCACUUCCAUUCACAACCUCUCAGUGUGCUGUGCUGUGAAAAACGGGAUGCUCUGCAUUAUGCUGAGAAGUUAAGCCACCAAGAUGUGGAGCUGAUCCGCCAGCUGCCUUCUUUUAUGAGAUUUGUGGAGGCACAAGAGCCACAGGAACAAGUGCAGCUUCUUACCAGUGAUGAGCAUGUUAAGACAGUCUGCCAAAAGUUACUGAAGGACCUUAGAAAAUACCAUAAGAACUACUAUCCCAUUCUGCGCUGUCUCCACACUCUGACCUCAUCCCUGCCAAAGUAUCCACUAGGAAAACAGAUACGAGAAUUGCACAUAUCCUGUCUUGAAAAGAAUAUUUGGGAGACAAAUGAAUAUGAAUCUGCUAUGCAGCUUCUGAGGUUGCUAGCAAAAGACGAGCUUGUUUCAACAUUGAGAAAGUGUGCUGACAUUCUGAAAUCAGGAAACACAAAGAAAACAAGAAGUGCACUGGAGCAGCUGGAGGACUACUUUAUCAAAUUUGAGCAGCUUGACAAUUUGUCUGCAGAUAAUCUUGAUGAAGAGGAGGCCACUUCACAAAAAGAUCUCCAGAUAAAAACAGAUCUCUUUCAACUUCAAAAAACACUCUUGGAGAUGGAGACCAGGAGGUCGAAAAAAAUUAGUCCAUUUGAGGUUUUGAGAAAUGAGGCACUAGAUGUCUUUGAUGACCUUGUGAGAAGCCAUUUGAUUCCACCAGAGACACAGCCACUGUAUGAGGUGUGCUACUACAGCUUCUCAGGGGUUCUGAGGCGACACCUCAAUGCCACCCCACGCACCUCCAUCCAGACUGCACUGAACCAUCCUUUCUAUUACCUACAGAAUGAGAACCUGAAAACAGAUACAGGCAUGGUAUCCAAUGCUGCUCCUGAUAUCUGCAUUGCAUACAAGCUUCACCUAGAGUGUGGGAGACUUAUCAACCUGUUUGACUGGCUGGAGGCUUAUGCAACUGUUGCUUCAGCUGCUGAAGGAAAGGAUCCGGAUUCUGAUGAGUAUGGAAAAGUUGAUGAAGUCAAACAUGCUCGUUUCAUCCAAGCUGUGUCUGAACUGGAGUUUCUGGGAUUUGUGAAGUCAACGAAGCAGAAAACUGACCAUGUGGCACGACUUACUUGGGGCGGGUGUUAAUGAUGAUCCAUUUGGUAAUAAAUACUAUUUUCUAAUAAAA